UUGUUUGUACGGUUCGGCGAGGGUAAAAAAGCCGAGGGCUAGGCUGUAGUAUGGUCGGGGCAACGCGGUGUCGCGCGUAAAAUGACGUAAAGUGUGCGAGGGUGUGCCGCGUGCGGUACGAGGAGUGUAGCGGAAACGGUGUCGCGGUGUAGGGUCGGCGCUGGUCGUAGCUAUCGUAGCGUACGGGAAAUUGGCUGUGGCUUCGCCAAUGGAUGCCAGGCAGGAGGAGACGCCAUUUUGAUAUACGGGCGCACGUCAAGCAAGCGUUCGCUCGUAGGGAAACGCGGCUCUUGAGUCGGUCUGCCGCUCCGCGUAGGACCGCGCGGGUGAAUUCGUUGGUUCGUGAGGUCGACGAGAGUAUCGUUGGUACGAGUGCGUGGCGCAACGGAUCCGAAGCGUUUCGUUGACAAGUGACAGGUGAAUCGAUCGGGCCGCGAGGAAAGUCGCGUUGCGGCCCCGUAUCCGUAACACGAUUCGUUCGGUUGAUCGGUAGUGACUACUGUGUGUGGAACUACGUGUACAUUCGGAUUUUUCCCCACGCGUGCGAGUUGAGUGCGAGGGACACGGUAGCUCGUGUAUAUUGGUGCGCCGAUCCGGGGUGGCGGUGUACGGCAGGGAAAAGCCGCUGUCUCGUUUUCGCGCGCGCGAGAGAGGCCACCGGCCGACACUUCGGGCCAGGACAAUACGACCCGAUGUCGGGAGCGGGUCGCGACCCCGUGUCGACCCGUGGUCGUCCUCGUCCUCGUCCUCGUAAAUCCUCCUCUUUCGUAGCAGCAGAACGUUCCUGGCGUAAAUGUGCUCUCAUGACCGCCCAUGUGCACCUCUUUUUCUGCCUGCUGCCCCUACGUGCCCUGUAAACCCAGAGCACACCCUGAUUAGCACGCCCACGCACUCUAUCACUCGCGAAUAUGGCCAAGAUCCUCAACAAGGACCCCGUCACCUACGAGAGGGAGAGGGAAAACUUCCUGAAGGACCUCCGUCACUUUCAUGAGACCAGAGGGACUCCGUUCAAGAAAAUUCCUAAAGUCAGCGGAAAAGAUAUAGAUCUGUAUUUGCUGUACGUUGUCGUUACUGCUCAUGGAGGAUGGAUAAGGGUUAACCUUCGGAACGAGUGGACAUCGUUGUGCGAACAAUUCCAUCUACCGAAGGGUUGCGUGAAUAGCGGGGUUGGCCUUAAACAAAUUUACCUUAGGUAUUUGGACAGGUACGAAAAGGUACAUUUCCUGGGAGAGGAUGGCCAACAAGCCGACGACGACGACGAGGAUUCUAGACACAGAAAAUGGUCUGCCAGGGCAUUACACUCCGUUCCUCUUACUUAUAAUCAUCAUCAACACAACGUUGCAGAAUCUCUUCGUGACUACAAUGGCCUUUCGUCGGACCUCUACAAACCAUCCAACUACGAUAAGCUCGCACUCUCGCUCCUCUCCCCUCUUCCCAACGAGCAAGACUUUGCCAUCAACGUUUGCACCUUAUUGUCGAACGAGGGCAAACACAUUUUACGUCUCGAUAAGUAUCCCCGGUUGGUGAACAUUCUUCUCGCUCACGCGGGCGUUUUCGAUUCGCCGGGCACGCGGCAACUCUUCAUCGAGGUCUACUCUCGCGUAAGGAAUUACUCGAUCAACUCCUUUUGGUCGGACGUUCUCGACUCUCAGGACGUGAUCGACCUGACGAACGAGAGGGCGUUCAUGAAGAAACCGACUGCGAGUCCGCAAACGUUCUCUAGGCGGAAGAUCUUAGAAAAAGAGAAGCAAAACAAAAGCACCGCCUCAUCGACGACGGAGAACGAUGAUGCUUCUACGUCGAUGGAAGUCGAAGGGGUACCUCAAGAUUGUCCAAGAUUGGAUCCAACAGGGUCUCAUCAAGAUGACAAUCUGAGAGGAGAUCAGAACCAAAACUCCAUAAAGUUUGAAGAAGAGGAUAAAGACUUGUUUUGUGUUGGACGGACGCUGGGCACGCAAGAUCCUUAUGGUCAACGUGUCCUUCAGAUAGCAUCUAUUUUGCGGAAUCUAAGUUUUACACCGGAAAACGCAGCCGUAUUAGGAAGGAAUCGAUGUUUCUUGAGAUUUGUAUUAUUAUGCGUGAGAGCAAGGUGGAGCAAUUUACAUCAACUUGGUUUUGACAUACUAGGAAACAUAGCGAAUGAAAUAAUCUUAAAAGAGGCCGGUGAGAGGAUAACAGAUGUUGUGUUGUCAUGUGUGGCAAAGGGAAUUGAAUCCCAAGACAGGUUCAUUGUUAUAUCCUGCUUGGAGGUGCUUAAUAAAAUUAGCCAACAAGACAGUAAUGAAGAAAUUGUUACAUUUGGAUUAGAGGACAAUGUAUAUGAACUUAUAUGCAGGUUUUUAGCUUUGAACGACAUAGCUCUUUUAGUAUAUACCUUGGAAUGUUUGUAUGCUUUGACUUCUUUGGGUGAAAGACCAUGUACUAGCGUCGCGCGGGUACGCGGAGCUAUUGACACGUUAGUCGCCCUUGUUACUGUAGAAGCGCAAAGUUACGGACCGAAGGCUUGUAUCUUGAUGAGGGUAAUCGAAACAGUGUCCACUGUAGCGGCACCACCGAACACUACUCAAAACACUCCGAUCACCGCUACCGCACCAGCUGCGGCGACAGUCUCAUCGUCUGUACCGUCUACUCCAGCUACAGUUACUGCAACACCAGCUCCCGUUAGCCCGGCACCUUCGCGACCUACUACUCCAGCUGCGACAGUAACAAAAUCUACUACGCACAAAGCAGUCGAGGCAAAUAAUUCCAUUCAACAGCACGCGCAUCAACAAAUCAUACAGGAAAACGAGCAAUUUGCUCUAAGUUGGUUAAGAGCUACCUUUGAACCUACACCAGGUGUACGUAUAGAGCAAGAAGAAUUGUACAAGAAAUAUCUCGGUUGCUGCACAAAAAUCGGCAGGAGAGGCGUAAUUGCUCCGCUUCAUUUUCCAAGAUGCGUUAGAUCUGUAUUUGGUGGAAGCGUCGGACCAAAUCCGUUGAAAGGUGAAACAAGUGGUACUCAGUAUUAUGAAGGAAUCAGAGUACGGGCAACACCUCCCCAAGUAACUUAUCCGAGCCAAACUGCGGUUGGGACUAACACAGCUCCAAUUACAGCAGUCAACGCAACGCCAGUAAAGGUGCUUCCCGUACAACAGCGUACAAUCAAGAAUAUAAGUCCUGCUCCUGAUAGCACGGCCCUAGACAAUCCUGCAUCUGGGCCUCCAAGAAUUCCUGCCCCAGCAUCGCCUAUUCUGAAAGCCCAAUUAUCUGCCCCACCAAAACCACCCUCCAAUACCUCAAACACUGUAAAUCAAUCCCAAAAUCCAGUCACCAAGGUUGAUUCUAAAAGUCAGGUGUCAGUAUCGCAUCCUCAUCUGAGCCAAGCAUUGCUGUCUAGUGGUUCGCAAAUACAAACGCAGCAGCAACAGUUACAACAGCAACAACCGCAACAAGUACAACACCAGCCGCAGCAAGUACAACAGCAAUCACAAACUAUCCAGGUAGUUGCAAAGGAAGAUAAUCGAAGCGGUACCACGUCCAGUUCCAUAAUAAAAAGCCUUCUGGCUACUAAGGUAACGGUCAGCAGCGACUGCAUGCCCAGUACUGCUGCGACUUGUGUGUCUACCCCUACUGCCUGUGUAACAAACACUACUGCUAGCAUCGCAUCCAGCAUCAGUGCCAACCAGCUAAUAACCAGCAACCAGGUUGCCCAACGCCAACAGCAACAGAGGUUACUGCAACAACAAUUAAUCAACGUAUCACAGCCUCCAACAACUACAACAUCAACAAUACUCCCAAAGACUCCUGUUAACUCGAAACAAAAGCCAGCUAUUACACCCAUUCCUGCCAAAAAAAUACAAAGGCUUAACGGAGCCAAAUUUAUUAUGACUAACAAUUGUGACAAGACUGAAGUAAGUGAUAACGAAAAUGUCAACCAAAUAGCAACAUCGACAACCUCUUCCAUUGUGGUUUUAAAUUCGACGGAAAAUCACAUAUCUUCAACAAUUAAAGUAUGUCGGCCUCCAUCUACAACUGUAACUACCGUGAACAAAACGAAUCAGCGUUCUACUUGUACGUCCAUUGCCGAAGAUUCGGACUCGACGAAUAAUUCUUUGGCAUCUAGUAGUGGUAUCGGUGGUAGUAGGGAUUGUUCUGGUGUCGGCGUGGAGGAAGAUAAUUCUUUAACGAGUUUCGAGGGAAUUCUCUUGAACGGUGCACCGAGUAACAUGGAUAUUGACGCACAGGAUGAUGGAUCGUCAAAAGAUUCGUCCAGUGUAAUUUCUAAAGAGAAACCCUUGCAAAGUAUGAUGCUUGCGGAUUUGUUGGAAAGAAAAGUCGAUAAAGAACCGAUUCUGAACGGUGUUUUAGGAAAGAAUUCAAUUAACGAGAAAGGCAUGGAUCUGGUAGAAAACCACAUCAAGAAAGUACUAAAAGAAUCUCCUACCGACAUUAAAGUGAAACUCGAAGUAGAGGAAAGUAAUGUCGUACAAACAGAAGUAUCCGAAGAUACCUUAAUUGAAGCACCGAGAGGGAUAAAACGUGCCGCGAGUGAAUCCGACGAGGUAGAUGUAAAAAAGGUUAAAUAUUCCAACGGUACAAUGUCCCCGGAUCCUGCUGUUGAUUCGACAACGGCUGAAUCUACCGUCUCGAGUAUCAAAUCUGAGGAACAAGACGAUGACAAGGAUAGCGAAAAGGCAACUGUGUCCUCCACUGCUGCUAAUCUUUAUGCUGCUUUAGCUGCUGAUUGUAUAGAAGAUGAAACUGAUCUUGACGAUAAUAUCAAUGUAAAUGCUAGUACAGGAACAUCUCCCGCGAUAAAAGAGGAACCUCAUAUAUUCGUAAAUCAAAUCAAUCAACAACAACAACAACUUCAACAACAGCAGCAGCAAAAACAGCAGCAGCAGCAACUGCAGCUUCAACAACAGUUACAGCAGCAGCAGCAGCAACAACAACAACAGCAGCAGCAGCAGCAGCAACAUCAGCAGCAACAUCAUCACCAUCAUCAUCAUCACCACCAUCAGUUACAACAACCUCAACAGACACAGACACAACUCCAACAGCAACAACAUCAACAUCAGCAACUUAUUGUCGCAGCUUCUAGGCAAAUAGUAGUACAACAAACAAUCCAACCAAAUAAUCAAGUUAUUAUACCAGCUGGUCAAGUGAAGGGAAGGCAGGCACAACCACAGCCACAGGUUCUGCUGCAGCAAGGAGCAGGAGGUCAAUUACAAUACGUCGUUUCCGGUGGUGUUCCUGGUCAAAAUUAUGUUUUAGCUCAACCGCAAACGACGCUGGUUCAGGGUCAGGCGCAAACUGUUCUAGUGGCUCAAACUACUCAGCAACAAGGAACAGGCGCAAAAACAAUAAUUAUUUUGCAACCUCAAGCAGCUGCUCAGCCGACCCAACAGAAAAUGGUAGCGGUUACGCCGCAGGGACAGCAGGUUGUCGUAACGCAAGUUUCGCGUCCCAUCUUACAAAGUCCCGCUCUCGGCAACAUACCUCCGCCUCUCGUUCCAACAUCAGGCACAAUUCCACAAACUUCCAUAAUAGUGAACAGUUCUGUAGCACAAACAAAUCCAAAUACAGUGACUGUCACGAUACCCGCGAUGGCUCAACAAACGCCGGUCUCUACGAGCGUGCCAUCGAGGGUAGUGACGCCCACACCAGCCUCGACUCCACCACCUACCAGACCCACGACACCGCAUCAAGCAGCUGCGACGCACGGAUUGCCAGCGAAACAACCUGCUAAAUUAAUAAAGACUGUUAGUUCUUCGACCUCCACGGAGCCAGAAUCCAAGCCGUCGACGAGUCAAAAUCAACCGGAAAAAACUAUUACGAUAAAGAUCGAUCCUAAUGCUUAUUUAUGCGAAUGGCGAGGUUGUCUAAGGCAAUUUAAAACACCACACGAAGUUUACCUUCACGUGUGCGAAGCACAUUGUCCAACCGGGGGAGAAGAAAUAUUAUGCCUUUGGGCAAGUUGCGAUGCCUUGAAAAGGCGUAGAUUCUCAUUAAUGACACAUUUAUACGACAGGCAUUGCAACGCGGAAACUAUGUCGAUGAGAAGAAAACAGUUAACGGUAACUGGAAAAACGGAAGUUUCCACAUCGACACCGCCGACUCCUCAUCAUCCUGGAUAUGCACCAAACGCAGCAUUCCAUGCAAUUAAACGGCACGCUUUGGAAUUCGUAAAUCCGAAGGAAUUAAUGCAAAGGCCAACCAAGCCCGCUGCAGCCACCUCAAGCUCUUCUUCCCCCAGACCUGGGCAAAAUCCUCCACCAGAACAGGACGACAACGAAGGUCCAGUGACUAAAAGUAUUCGUUUGACAGCCGCUCUUAUUCUCAGAAACCUAGUCAUAUAUUCAACACAUGGCAGAAGGCAUCUUAGAGCGUAUGAACCACAUUUGGCAGGUGUGGCGUUAAGUAACGUUGAAUCAUCGAGAACAAUCGCACAAGUUCUAUACGAUAUGAAUGAUCAAAGCAACAGUAACCAUAGGUGACCUCUUGAACCAGGCCUCUAAACAAGCUCUUUCACGUUGCGAGCAGCGAUCAAUUUUAAAUUUUAGUGUGUAAAGUGAGAGAAAAGGAAGUAUGAUGUAAAGUGCGAAAAUUUGCAAUUUCAUUGCAAAAGUGUGUUUGUGCGUAUUAAAAGGAAAGAAAAAAUCAAGAAUGGUCAAGAGGAUGUACUAGGAAGAGGAUACGGCAAUGUUCCAUAUUAUUAAAAGAGGCCUAUAAACUUACUAGGCAAUUUGAUUUGCCGAUUUAGAUUAUAAUAAUGUACUGUAAAACUAGUAACACAAACGAAAGACAGUAGUUGAAGUGAUGCAGAUCAGUGAUAAACAAACAAAACAAAAAAAAACAAAAAACGAGAUAAUAUUUCAAAUUUAAUAUUAAUAUUUAUUUUCUCAACAAGAAGCGGAAGAAAUGUUUUUAGUAAUCGUGUACAAAAAAUGUGCGAAGAAAAUACUUUAUGGACGUUAUAGUUAAUUACAAUCAAUAUUAUAUUAUUAUUAUUAUAUUAUAUUAUAUUAUUAUUAAUUAUUAUUAAUAUUAUUAUUGUAUGUUUUUCAUAAGUCACCAAGAAAACCUAGAAUGUAAAGAAACCUUUUUAUGAAAUGUAUUUGUUAGGAAUUUAUCAUUUGCUUAUAAUUGCAUAUUGCAAUUACAUGGCUAUAUUAUCGUC